AUGGCGCUGUGGAUCACCAGGAACAUGAAAAUUAAUGCUGAAAAUAAGGCGAAGGUCAGUAUGGCAGGCACAAAGCACGUGCCUGUGGCCACUGUUGCAACCUCUAAGCCCGGGCUGAGGCCAAGAACAGCUCUUGGAGACAUUGGCAACAAAGUCAGUGAACAGCCACAGGCCAAAUUGCCCCUGAAAAAUGAAGCAAAAACUUUAGGUGCUGGAAAAGUUAUUGCUAAAAAACUGCCAAAACCUCUGGAAAAGGCUCCUGUACCUGUGCCGGAGCCCCAAACAGAGCUGGAUCUGGAGCCAGAGCCAGAACCCAAGCCUGUUAAAGAAGAGAAACUUCCCCCUGAGCCUAUUUUGGUUGAUACUCCCUCUCCAAACCCCAUGGAAACAUCUGGCUGUGCCCCUGCAGAAGAGUAUCUGUGCCAGGCUUUCUCUGAUGUAAUUCUUGCAGUGAAUGAUGUGGAUGCAGAAGACGGAGCGAAUCCAAACCUUUGUAGUGAAUAUGUAAAAGAUAUCUAUGCUUAUCUGAGACAACUUGAGGAAGAGGAAGCAGUCAGACCAAAAUACCUACUGGGUCAUGAAGUCACUGAAAGCCAUCCUAAUUGGCUAGUGCAUGUUCAAAUGAAAUAGUUACUCCAGGAGACCAUGUACAUGACUGUUUCCAUUAUUGAUCAGUUCAUGCAGGAUAGUUGUGUGCCCAAGAAGAGGCUGCAGCUGGUUGGUAUCACUGCCAUGUUUAUUGCAAGCAAAUAUGAGGAAAUGUACCCUCAAGAAAUUGGUGACUUUGCCUUUGUGACUGACAACACUUACACUAAGUACCAAAUCAGACAGAUGGAAAUGAAGAUUCUAAGAGCUUUAAAUUUUAGUCUGGGUCACCCUCUACCCCUGCAUUUCCUUCGGAGAGCAUCCAAGAUUGGAGAGGUUGAUGCUGAGCUACAAACUUUGGCCAAAUAUCUGUGAACUAUGUUGGACUACGAUAUGGUGCACUUUCCUCCUUCUCAGGUUGCAGCGGGAGCUUUUUGCUUAGCACUGAAUAUUCUUGAUAAUGGUGAAUGGACAAAAAAGAACAAGUAUGCCACAUCUAAGCAUGCUAAGAUCAGCACUCUAGCACUGUGA